GAUACGGCAGGCAUGAGGGCGGGGACCGGGGAGGACUCAGGAAGUGCCUGAGGUGGUUUUUGUUUGUAAGGAGAUCAGAUCAAGGAUCGGUGGAGCUAUGAGUUGGAACUGAGUAGAGAUCAGGGGGGAAAGGAGGAAGAUGAUGCUCUUCUUCCGUAAAAGGAAACCCAGCGAUGAAGCCCGCAAGCGUCUUGAAUAUCAAAUGUGCCUGGCAAAGGAAGCUGGAGCUGAUGAUAUCCUUGAUAUAUCUAAAUGCGAACUGUCAGAGCUUCCAUAUGGAGUCUUUUCGACCUGUAAAGUCCUGCAGAAAAAGGUGCUGAUAGCUCAUACAAAUUGCUUGACAUCUCUGGUCCCAAAGUCUUGUAAUCUCCUGUAUCUUAUAACUGUGAAGGUUUUAGAUCUCCAUGACAACCAGCUGACCUCACUUCCUGCUGAAAUUGGUCAACUGACGUCUCUCCAGGUCCUGAAUGUUGAACGGAACCUCUUGAAGGCACUUCCGCAAUCUAUAGGGGAUCUUGUCCAGCUGCAGACCCUCAAUGUGAAAGGCAAUAAGCUGAAGGAGUUGCCUGCUGCUCUGAGCAACCUGCGCAGCCUGCGGACCUUAGAUAUUAGUGAGAACCAGGUGCGGGUGUUGCCACAGGCACUGGCUCAUAUCCGGACCCUAGAGAUGCUGACUUUGGAUGCCUUGUCCAUGACCUAUCCCCCAGACUCCAUCUGCAGCGCUGGCACAGAAGCCAUCCAACAGUUUCUGUGUGAAGAAUCUGGAAUUGAAUACAACUCUCCAUCCCAAUAUUUACUCCCUGUCUUGGAAAGUGAUGGAGGAGAGACCUCGGUGGAUGGGGUCAGCAGGGCAGUUUGUAAAUAUGCGAGCGAUGAAGCUGAGUGGCAGAACAAAUUUCUGGACUAUGAGAAACGUAAGGAGCAGAAAAUGCAGGAGAAACUGGAGUUUGAACGCUGGUUAGACCUGGAGCAGAGGGAACAGGCGCAGUUGAUGCAGCAGAGCCAGAACCAAAAGGGAGAAAUCCUCCAGAGUAUGAAAGCGGAGCGGAUGAAGCUGGAGCAGGGUCUGUCACGACACCAGCAGCACCUGGAAGAGGAGCGAAUGAAGCUGCUGGAUCAAUUAAAACAGAUGGAGCUGGGUGUCACCAGCCGAAUCCAGAAGCUGCUAGAAGAGAACCAGAGGCAAAAGCAGAACUCUGAGAUUCUGAAAUCCCUGGAGAACGAUCGGAUCCGGAUGGAGCAGCUGAUGGCCAUUACGCAGGAGGAGGCAGAGCAGCUGCGCAGGAGGGAAGUGGCCUCAGCCAUGCAGAAGAUGUUGGCAGAAACUUACAAGAGCAAGCUCAUCCAGGUGGCCUUUGAAUCUCGCCGGCAAGACCUUGUCAACCAGACCUGUAGCAGCUUAGCAAAGAUGGAUGAGCAAUUGCAGCAAAUCCUGGCCUGGCAACAGCUGGACCAGAACAAAGCCAUCAGCCAGAUUCUGCAGGAGAGUGAAAUGCAGAAGGCUGCCUUUGAAGCUCUCCAGGUGAAGCGAGAUCUUAUGCACUGCCAGAUCAGGAAUCAGAUUAAGUUAAUAGAGAAAGAGUUAUUGCAGCUGACACAGCUGGAGGUAAAGAGGCAACAGCUGGACACAGAGGCACUGCAGGAGGCAAUAGCAGAGCAACGGCGAGCCUUGACCUACCUGUUGCAGCAGCUGCUGAAAGAGAAGAAGCAGCGGGAAGAGGAGCUGCAGGAGAUCCUGCGGGAGCUGGAAGCCAAGAGCGAAACCAAGCAGGAGAACUAUUGGCUGAUCCAGUACCAGCGCUUGCUGAACCAGAAGCCCCUCUCCCUCCGGCUACAGGAGGAGGGCUUGGAGAAGCAGCUAGUGAAGCUGCUGACUGACCUGUCAGCUGACCAUUACUUGCCCAUUUUUGCUCAUCACCGGAUAUCACUAGGAAUGCUCUGCUCCAUGGCCCCCAGUGACCUGGCCAAGAUCGGAAUAACAGAAACUGGCCUGCAGCUCUCCAUCAUCCGACGGGCACAGGAAAUAAAUGCAGUGGCUAAAACCAUACCAGAGCUCUUGAAGUCAGAAGAGGAGGCAAUCCCUUCUGCUCCAGGACCCAGUGAGGAGCCCUCUGGUCUCGAAGCCCCUUCUGCUCCACCCCUGGAAGAGCGAAGCUGCGAGUGUGUGGUCUGUAUGGAGCAAGAGGCCCAGAUGGUUUUCCUGAGCUGCGGUCACGUCUGCUGUUGCCAGACCUGCUCUGAGGCCUUGCAGAUCUGCCCCCUCUGCCGCAAGGAGAUUGUGCAGCGCAUACGCCUCUUCCACAGUGGCUAGACACCAGCAGGGAGCUCCAAGGACAGAACAGCUUUUCCCAUCACGUAUCCACCCCUUCCUCUCCCCUUGUUUGGGGUUGGGGACAAGGGCAGCUAUGGGGAAAGCCUGGGAUUUGCACUACAUCCUUGUACCUCAUAUGCCUGUAUGCCAUCGUCAUAUACUCACAAAGCAUGGGUGCUGUUUCCUUUCCUCUGCCAUUGCUAAUCAAUCACCCCUGCAGGGGUCCUGAUGCCAAGAAGGAGCCAUUCUGCACAGAGAGCACGGCUCGAGCCGAGGAACACUCACAUGGCCCAGGAUGGAGAAAAUGGUUUCCCGUUCCUUAAAGCCAGCCUCAGAUUUUGGGAAGCCUGCAAGACUUUUCUUUUUAAAUCUUGCAGCCUUACACAGAAUGAAAAUGAUAAUAUUUAGAAUUGCCACGGACCAACCAUGCCUGCCUGUGGCAUUAAGUAUAGAGAUGUCAGUGGGAAGGAGAUCUGUUCUUCCUUCCCACAAGGAAAGUGGCCCAGGAAAAUUAAUUAAAGUGCUAUAAGGGUGUUCCUCCUUUGGUCUAGGAAGAGGCUGGAGGGAGCAUGUGCUGAUGACUGUCCUUUUAUGGCCACCCCCUCCCACUUUUUUGGCCGGCCUUAAGACUACCAGUAAUGAGAGCCAAUUUGGUAUAGUGGUUAAGAGCGCCAGGACUUGAAUCUGGAAAACUGGGUUUGAUUCCCCACUCCUCCGCUUGAAGCCAGCUGGGUGAUGUUGGAUCAAUCACAGCUCUCUCAGGGCUCUCUCAGCCCCACCCACCGCACAGGGUAAUUGUUGUGGGGAUAAUAACACACUUUGUAAACUGCUCUGAGUGUGGCAUUAAGUUGUCCUGAAGGGCAGUAUAUGAAUCAAAUAUUAUUAUUAAUGCAACAGGCACGGAGGUGACAGCCAACAUUUUCCAUUGUUGUUUAGCCUGCGUGGCAGUCAUUAUAUGAAUCAUGCUCAGUCUCCUCCCCAGCCCCUUCCUUUGUUUUUGCUGUUUUCUCCCACAUGGAAAGUGGGAGAAGAGGCAAUUGAAUUAAUUGAUGCUGUGCCCUUCCCGAAGAAAGGAGUGGCUCUUCUCCCUCCUUGUCUGUUCAUCAGGGGCAAGUUGAAGGCUGAGUAGGGUGGGAACAGCAAGCAGAUGCUCUGGUUGGGUGGAGGAAGUGGUUUUACCGCAUGUGGUUAACAGGCAUCUCAGUUACUUAGUCAGUAAUUGAUCUUGCACUGCCAAGUUGACACCUCCCCCAGGAGUAGCCAGUAGCUACUGGUCAGGGUUGGCUGCUUUCCUUUCAGGAGAACCCAGCAGAGUGACAAUCAGAGCUUUCUCUAGUUUCUGUUCCCUGUGCCCCUGCCCCCACCCUGAACUGCAUUGCGAGCAUUUUGCAUCCUGCUUUUCUGAAACUAAGCUAGCCAUGGAAAGCAGAAAUGGUUGCAGAAGCAAGGCCCCAGACUGGCCUAGAGGAAGAUCAGCAAGGCUGAUCUAGCGCUCCAGCUCCCUCAUUACUCACUGUCUUUUGUGUGCCCUCCCCAAAGAAGUCCAGGCCGCAGCAGGGCCAAGCAUUAGUGCUCAGAAAUGGGAUGACAACUCAAUCUGAAAGCAUAUCUUCCCUUCCCCUUCUGGCAGCCCCUCUGGAUGGCAUAGCAGGAGGGCAAUUUGCCCAGGAAGGACUUCUGGGAACAGCUGUGCUGUGGCCAGUCUCACGUGGGCAUUGCCUAACCCCCAAGAGAAGGCAUGGCCCUACCCUACCAGUAGUUUAAGGAGGAGACAACACAGUUCACAUCAGCAAAAUAUUGGAAUUGCACAGUUUAUUUAAAUGCUUGAACCUUGGGGAUGCAAGUAAAGUUCCACUUCCGUACACACACCUGUCUGUGUGCAUUUCCCCCCCACUUGGGUUAAUUCCUCAUUCCUGAAUAUGCAGAAUGGCAGCAUCCCAACUGAGAGAGAGAGACACACACACACAAGCCAAAAAUAAUCAGUGAAUCGCUUCUUUCCUUGACAGCCAUUCUGGCUGGAUAUGUUUCCACACUGGGUUCUAAGCCCUCUGUUCAUGUGAUUAGAAUGCCUUUGCUGAACCUUAACUAGCACUUUCCCAGCACCCUGAGCAUGUGCUAUCUCACAGUGGGUUUUGUGGUCCCAUCAAUAUUACAGACAUCAACUAGUUUUAAACCUCUCUUUCUCCCAGCAAGUUUUGGAAGUGGUUUAAGGAUACUCUGGGAGAAAUCUUGCAGGACUACAGUUCCCAAGCUUCCAUGUGUGAAGGACAUUUACACCACCUUACUGGUUUAGCCAUCACUGCAUCCUCAGCUAAUGGUAAUGCUCAUUGCUGCUGCUUGGGUUGGCCCAAAAAGAACAGGAAGGAUGAACAAAGUUACAAGGACCCUGGAAGAAGGUCUGCCAUAUGUAGGCAGGUGCCGGGGUAUAUUACUACACUGUGUCAUGCAUGAAUCUGUUUUCCAGUUUUGGUCUUUCCAGUGUAAUUGUCUCAUGUAUCCAGAAGAGAAAUAAAAGAUCUGAAGCCCA